AAUGGCUGAAGGAAGCAGUCGAUGGAUUAUAAUUUACAACUUAAAAAUAAGACUUUUCAUCACAGAGCACACAAACUGAACCUUUCGUCGAGGGUAGGCUCAAGUAAGAAAAAGACCUGCUGAAAGCAUCAAUAGCAAAGACAAAAAUGGUUCUAACGGUGAUUCUGGUAACAACAAUAGUGAUGAUGAUAAAUAAUAUCGUUAACGUAAACGCAAUAUUAAGUCAGUACAUCGCAGCCGACAGAUGCUUGGCAAGUCAAAACAGAAUGUAUAGAGUUACCCUUCAAAUAUGCGAAAAAGGAUUAUGGCGGCCGGCAGUUAAACUGCCCAAAAGCUCACCGAAAGGUAAAAGUUGUCUCGACAUUUUACGAAAAGGUUUGAGUCAUGGAAGUGGAGAAUAUUUGAUUGCUCCAAAAGGACAGAGCGCAUUUAAAGUUUACUGUGACAUGACGUCAUUUGGAGGUGGCUGGACCGUGUGUUACGCAACUGAUGGUUUCGUUGACAUAAAAAAAGAAUUGAAGGCCACUCCAAGUAUUGGUUAUCGGGCCGAUUGCAACAAUAUACCAUUUAACAGCGUCAUGUUUGUUAAUGAAAAAUCCAAAUCCAAAGCAGCGUUUACUAGAGACGGAUCAACAAAGAUAACAAUUAACGACAGUUUUAACAAAAAAGGAAGUGCGUUUGGACUUUGGACCGCAAAAGGUAUCGCUUCGUCGUCUUACAAAUAUCAAUUAUUGGUUUGCGAUACUUCAUUUUACAAAGGUUUAAUGAUCUCUGGUUACACAAAGUGCUAUAAAAAGUGCGAUGAUUGGUGUAACGACUACUCAUCACCAUAUUUCCGUUCUCAAAGCUCUUCAAAAUCUUACGCUGGCGUAGCGUUCAAUGAAAAUGGCGCUAAACCACUUAAAAAACGCCUGAUCAGUGUUGCAAUUCGUUGA